GCCUUCACCCUCUCAAGAACAAUCAAUUCACCCAACCACAAACCCAUACACAAGACAAAAUGCAUUUCCCAACCCUCCUCACAAACCUCUUCCUUGCCGCAACCCUCGCCGCCAGCGCAACAGCAGCCACAGACGCACCAACUGACCUCAAAAUCGACGUCACGCACAGCGUCGAAUGUAAUCGUAAAACCACCAACGGCGACACCGUCAAAAUGCAUUACAGAGGUACACUGGCUGCUGACGGGAAACAAUUCGAUGCCUCGUAUGAUCGCGGAACGCCGUUGUCGUUUAAGUUGGGGACUGGUCGGGUCAUUAAAGGAUGGGAUCAAGGAUUGUUGGAUAUGUGCGUUGGAGAAAAGAGGACGUUGACGAUUCCGCCUCAUUUGGGGUAUGGUGAUAGAGCUAUGGGACCGAUUCCGAGUGGUUCGACGCUCGUGUUUGAGACGGAGUUGAUGGAGAUUGUUGGUGUGCCCAAGGAUGAGUUGUAAACUACGUACUUGCAACGGAACGAUACCUGUGUAAUAUCCUUGAAUGGAUUGAAUUGUAUAUAUAAAAACAAUAUAUGGGUAUCUUCUAUCGACAGUACAUGAACGACUAAUCCAUCGCAU